ACCCGAUCGCACUCUCUCUCCCAGUGAGAGGGAGGGGGAGGGACACCACCAUAUCAAGAUUUGGUGCUAACAAUUAAAAUAAUUUUGUGGUCUCUCCCGCCAUUGUACGGACUCUCAAAUGUCGACGCUCUUUGCUGUGUCACCGUCCCCUCCUCUCAGAUGCGUCGGUUCUCCCUCCCGCCUGUAUUCGAUUUCAUUGUUCCGAGGAUGGAACAUCCUGAAUAUCAGGAUAGGGAAGAGCAAACUGUUUUCUUCAAUCGGCGUAUUGGAAUGGAAGAAGAGGAGAACUUUGCUCUGUGCAGCCAGUCAAGAUGCGGAGGAAUCAUUUAAAAAGACUGUAGAAGUGGAUAGAUUGAUUGACAUGCUGAGAGAUGCAAAUGCAAUUGAACUUCAGAAACUUGUCCUAGAGAAUGUCCUUGCUUUCAAUGAGAGCUUUUGGAUACGACUUGCAGCUAGAACUGAUACCUGCAAAUCUGAAGACGAUAAAAAAGAUUAUGAAGAAUUGGCCUUAUCUGUGAUGAACAUAGUGGAUCACCUUGUUCAUAAGACCAAAGAAAAAAUAAACUCAGCCACUGACAUCCUUAAGGAAAUUUUAAAACCUGUAGUUGAUGAAGUGGAAGAGAUUCCUUGGCCUCCUCGAGAUCCUGAGUCUCUGAAUCUAAUGGAGAAAGAAAUAAACCAAAGGGAGCAAGAAGGCCAACUGGAUGAAGGGUUCCUUUCAGAAGUUAAUGCACAAUUGCGGCAAGCAAAAGAAGAUGGGGACAAGCCAGGGCUUGAGGCUAUGUUGCAAAAAGUCUUGCAACUAUAUGCAUCCAGAGUCCUCUCUAAACGUAGUUAUGCAAAAAAAGGGAAUGAGGUUUUAAAGGCCGAAGAGUUUCUUGAGACCAUAAUCAAAGCUCCAGAAGAAGAAUGGAAUAAGUUGCUGAUCAAUGGUAUGACUAUUGGUAAAGGGGAAAUCUCACACGAGGAGUUAUAUGCAGUCAUUAAGAAACGAAUUGAACGAACUUUGAUCCGAACGGAAGGAGGUUCUUACCAGCAGCGUGUUCUUACUGAAUAUCUGAAAGGAAUUCAAUCGAGAGCAGAGGAGAUUGUCCGAGUACUUCAGGGCAAACCACAAUAAUCUGAAAAUGAAGAACAGACACCCUGGAGAGAGUGAAGUUCAUAUCUUAAUUUUGAAUUCAACUCCGCAACCAAAAAUGUAUAUGCAGCAGUCAGCCAACCUCGUAAUUGCGCCGGGAUACAAAUUUUUUUGGGUUGCAUCAGAGAUUUUGUAGUCAUUGUUGGGUUUUCUUCUCUUAUUGAAUUAAUUUUUCGUUUGCUU